CACGAGGGCAAAUGUCGUGAUCCCCCACGGUGCUACCAAUGCGGAGAUACGGGGCACAUAAAGCCCAAUUGCCCUCAACUUGGUGGGAACCGGUCAUCAGGGCCAAGCAGUGCAACCAUGGUGAGUAGAAACCGGGGUGGGGCACCCAAUGCAAGCACGAACCACGGCGGGGCAAGUACAAGCAACGCACCCUCCGUGAACCAAGGAAGGGCUCAAGCGAGAGUGUACGCAAUGACCGAGGCCGAUGCUCGGGCUAAUCCCGACUCCGUCGCAGUUUCAGGCAGAACUUGAAGGUUGCUACCAUCACCGUUGCUUCGGGCGGAUUAUCAAGGAGAGGAGACGUGGUUCGUGCUUCCUCCGUUUCUGUUUUAAACAUUCAAAUUAAUGCUCAUGGAUACUUUUUUCCGAAUAAUUAUUUAGGGCUUGCACGCCCGUGUUUGCCACGUGUGGCUCGAAUGCUUGUAUUAAUAUUUCCGCUGCUUAAUUAAAUGAUUUACAUUAUGAUUGUUUAUGGAUGUACUAAUGUGAAUGGUAUUCAAGACGCCUUGUAUAGUAUGGAUGAGUUGGACUGCGGUUGACUAUUCGUACUGUACGGCGGGUUGUUGACGUGUCCGGGAAGGUCCGGGGCGUGACACAGGAGGCUGAGCUAGAGCGCCUGAGGAAGGUGGAGGCAAAGGCUGCUUCAGCCGAUGAGGCCCUCCAAGAUCUCAAGGACAAGGCCAAGGCUGCGGAGGAUGAGAUGAGGCUCCUACAGCUCCGGCUUGAUGAGGCCGAGGCGGCUCGGAAGGAAGCCGCAGAGGCUGCUGACGUUGCCCUGAAGAGAGCCGAGGAGGCGGAGCGGCUCAAAGCUGAUGCUGACAAGGCUGCCGAGAAGGCCGUAGCUGACUUCAAGGCCGAGGGGGUGGAAAGCCGAUGAUCAGCUCCCCUUUUGUUACGAGGUGGUCGCUGAGAGGUUGACCGACUGGACGACAAAGGAUCCCGUCGGCGAAGAAUUUUGGAUGAACGAGAUGCAAGCUUUCUACGACUGCGGCCAGUAUAGGAUGCAGAAGCUGGUCUAUAGGAAGCUUCGUCGUCGCUUCCGGAAGAUGAGGCCGAGGGGUCUGAGUCUCCCUCGACGAAUGAAGAAUCCUGAUGAGGAUAUGAAGCUUCCCCCGUCGGAGAGGCAGCUUCCAAUCUUGAGUUCGGAUGAAGGGGAAGACCCAUGGAGCGAUAGCGAUGAUUACUUGCUCGAAGGGCCCGCCGAUUCUCAGGCCGAUGAGGAUGAUGGUGGUGAUGAUGAUGCCGAUGACGGCCGUGGUGAUGGUGCUGUUGGCGGUGGAAUGCCGGC